GUUGUCAUAAGACUCCUUCCUUCCUUCCCUUGUAUCUAUUUUAUUCUCUGAUUAUUAUUAUUCAGACACACACAUUCUCUCUGACAAAGGAACCAAGAAACUGUGAUUCGAUUCUUCUUCCUCUGUCUGUGAUUAUAGAAUGGAAGGAACAACGAUUGAUCAGACGUAUGAGUUCUUGGCGCCGCGAUGGUUUGAUUUGGUUAACGAAGAGACGGAAGAUGAGGCUCGUCGAGCAGAGCUCUGGUUUCAAUCGGCUUUAAGCUGUGCUCCUUCUCCAUCGGUUCCUAGAAUCAAAGCAAGGAGAUCAUUCAAGGUAGAGGCAAUGUGUAGUUUUGAUGAAGAAGAAGAAGAAGAGGAAGAAGAGAACACGACACAGGAUAAAGAGCCCUCUGAACCACUGGAUGUAACUGUUUCUGAUACUAUCUCUGAGGCCAAUAAAGAAAAUGUUAGUCCAAUUAAGUCAUCUCACAGCAGCAGCUUCAAGGACUCUUCAGAUGCUGCAAGCAAUCUUGGAGACAAGUUAGAAAAUAAGGAAAACAUUCCUCCUCCUAACAAAGAAGAAACCUGCACACCAAAACCACAAGGAGGAGACUCAGUUGACCCUAAGAAGAAGCAAACUGCUAGAAAGAUUGCUAGCAUUCUGAGGAAUCCAUCUGCACUUAGGCCAAAAGCAAGUCAUCAGAAAAGUGUGUUGAUGAUGCCUUCCUGCAGGGAAACGAGUCAUGUUAAGAACAUAGCUGCUGCCACUACCAAUCUGAUUCAGGACAAUCAAGCCAUCAAAAGGCAAAAGCUAGAUGAUGGAAGAUCAAGACAGAUUCUCAAUCCAAAACCAACUACAUUACUCCACAAGACAAGACAGGGUCUCGUUAACACUAGUUUCAACGUAUGCCCUGAAGUCACUAAGCAAACUCAGAAGGAGAACAGAAAGGUUUAUGUCCGUGAGCAAUCUAAACCUUUCAUUUCAACUGCUGAGUUGAUGAAGAAGUUCCAAACAAGCACACGAGACUUGUCACUGACUCAGCCCAACACUUUUCUUCCUCAGAACCGAACUAAGUUGACGCUGACAAGAGCUAAAGAGCCAGAGUUUGUGACAUCUCAACGAGCUCGUCCUUUAAAAGUGAAGAGCAGUGCAGAGCUUGAGGAAGAGAUGUUGGCUAAGAUUCCUAAGUUCAAAGCUCGUCCUGUGAACAAGAAGAUUUUUGCAGCUCCAGCUUUGCCUGCACCACAAAGAAGCACACCACAUCUACCAGAGUUUCAGGAGUUUCAUCUUGAAACAAUGGCUAGAGCGAACCAACAUGCAGAGACAUCUUCUAUGGCUUCAACACAAGUGUCUAAGCAGCAUAAUGAUUGCAAGCCUCACCUUACUGCACCAAAGCCCCCUAUGCUCCAAACAAUGCUAAGAGCUCGUCCUACUAAAGCAAAGACUACUGCGGAACUUGAGCAAGAGGAACUCGACAAGGCACCAAAGUUUAAAGCAAAACCUUUGAACAAAAAGAUAUUUGAAAGCAAAGGAGAGAUGGGUAUCUUUUGUAACACUAAGAAGCACAUAACCAUACCUCAAGAGUUCCACUUUGCUACAGAUGAGAGGAUAUCCAAACCCAACUCUGUCUUUGAUGCAUUCGACAAGGUAAUAUUUCAACCAACUAAAACUGCUUUAAUGCAAGUGUUAUGUUCCAUGUUUGACACAACUUCUUCUUGUUGGCAGCUCUCAUUGAUCUCUGAAUCUUGCCAUGAGAAGCCUCUACAACCAAGGAUCACUGCUCCAAACCCCUUUAAUCUAAGGACAGAAGAACGAGGAGCUGAAAAGGAGAAGAAGUUUGUAAUGGAAGUCACAGAGAAACUGAUAGGAGAUGAAAGGGCAAGAGUUCCAAAAGCAAAACCAUAUCCUUACACAACCGACUAUCCCGUGGUACCACCAAAACCAGAACCUAAGCAAUGCACAAAGCCAGAACCGUUUCAGUUAGAGAGCCUAGUGAGGCACGAAGAGGAAAUGCAAAGAGAGAUGGAAGAGAGGAUGAGAAUGGAGAGAGAAGAAGCUCAGAAGAGGCUCUUCAAAGCACAACCAGUUAUAAAAGAGGAUCCAAUCCCGGUUCCAGAGAAAGUAAGAAAGCCCCUCACAGAAAUUCAGGCGUUCGACCUCCAUGUAGAGCAUCGAGCUGUUGAGAGAGCAGACUUUGAUCAGAAAAUAAAAGAGAAGGAGAAUCAGUACAAGAGAUAUCGUGAAGAGAGUGAAGCUGCAAAAAUGGUGGAGGAAGAAAGGUAUCUGAAGCAGAUGAGAAAGGCGAUGGUUCCUCAUGCAAGACCUGUGCCUAACUUCAACAAACCCUUCUUACCUCAAAAGUCCAACAAGGAGAUCACGAAACCAAAAUCCCCCAAGCUUAGAGUGAUAAAAAGAACCGAGAGAAGAAAGAUGACUCUACCAGUUUCUGCAGCCACCAGUGCUUCGGCUGGUCAGAUGAGAUAGUUUGUAGCUGACACAUGUUUGUUCAUGAAUGCUUGAACCCUACUACAUUCACUUUGUAAAAAUAAAUUUAUUCAGUACUAAAAUUUUCCUUUGAAACCAACCUGUCUUGGAGACUUACUAAAUAUGAUGUAAGAAGUACAUUUUCUUAUGUAUUCUGAUUCAAAUUUAGUCAACUUGAAAAAGAGUAUCUUAAUGAUAUAAUAAAG